AUGUUUAACAAGCCCUGGGGGGUGGCAGUGAAUGAUCAUGAUGAAAUUGUUGUGACUGAAUGCUGGAACCACAGGCUUUCAGUGUUUAGUAGUGACGGUACCCACUUAAGAUCGUUUGGUAGGAGGGGUAAGAAUAAUGGUGAGUUUCAGUUCCCUGCAGGCAUCGCUUUUGAUAGUCAUGGCAAUAUUGUAGUGGCAGACAGUAAUAUCCACAGGGUGCAAGUCUUUGAUAGGAAUGGUAACUUUCUUAGUAAGUUUGGUAAACAAGGAAGUCGUCAAAAUCAGCUUCAAUACCCUGAAGGUUUAUCAAUAAGCGGCAAUGGUGACAUUAUUGUUACUGAUAAUUAUAACAGACUAAUCAAGAUCUUCUCUUCUAGUGGCGAGUAUUUACGUAAAUUUGGUGGAGAAGGUUCUUUGGUCGACCCCUAUCACUGUAUUCAACACGGUCAAUAUUUUACAGUCUCAGAUGCUGGUGAUCAUUCCAUUAAAAUGUUUAAUCUUGAGGGAAAGUUUAUUUCUAAAUUUGGAAAACAUGGAAACAAGGAUGGAGAGUUCUUUUGUCCCCGUUGCUUGUCAGUUAACAAAGAAGGAUUGCUAAUGGUCUGUGAUGAAUGUAAUCACAGAGUUCAGUUACUUGAACUGAAUGGAAAGUUUGUUACAAAGUUUGGAAGUGAAGGUGGCGAGAGAGGAGAGUUUGAGAGUCCAGUGUCUGCAGCAAAUCUUAUAGUGAUGGAAGGAUAG